AUACAGUCCAUGGGUAUCGCCGAACACUAGUGUAAGGCUCCAGUAUGUUGCUAUGAGAGCAGACUUUGGAAUGAGGAGGCUCCACCCCUCCCACAGCUCCACAGCAUGUGGUUACCAUCGCUUCUGUUGCUGUUUGUUUGAGGAGAGUCAGAGAGAGGAUAACACAACUGCUGCACAAAUGGGUCGACUGCUCAUUUUCAAGCCACUAGAUUAGACUGUGGAUUUUAAAACUCGCUCCGUCCAUGGGAGACUUUUAAGUCACACUUUCACUGCUUUCUUUAAAGUAAUUCGGACACCAGUCCUGGUGAAGGCUUCUUCUCCUGACAGGUGCGCAGAGAGGAUGGGCAGACGUAAGGCAGACAGUAGAGGCGCAAUGAACAUCAGCGACCACUCCGAGCUGGGUUGUCUGCAGGGGGCGGCAUCAAGCGACCAUCAGGCCAGUCAUGAGUGCCCGAUUCUGGGCUGCCAACGCGCGGCCAAGAGACAGAGCAAGACGGACAUGGAGGUAGUGGUGGCCCGGGCGCAGUCUGCCACAGCAGAGCCGAUGGAAGUGAAGAAGCAUCAGCAUAAGCACAACUUAAAACACCGAUAUGAGGUUAUGGAGACUCUGGGGAAAGGCACCUACGGCAAAGUGAAGAAAGCUGUGGAGAGGGCAAGUCUGAGGACGGUGGCAAUCAAGUCAAUCCGCAAAGAGCGCAUCACAGUCGAGCUGGACAGAAUUCACAUUCAGAGAGAGAUUGAGAUCACCUCCUCGCUUAGACACCCCAACAUCAUACGCUUCCACGAGGUGUUCGAGAGCCGGGAUAAGAUUGUGAUUGUGAUGGAGUACGCCAGGAGGGGAGAGCUGUACGAUUACAUCCAGGAGAGAAGACGACUGCCUGAAACGGAAGCCAGAAGCAUCUUCAGACAAAUCACAUCUGCUGUCCACUACUGCCACAAGAAUGGUGUUGUGCAUCGAGACCUCAAGCUGGAGAACAUCCUGUUAGAUCAAGACCUGAAUGUAAAGCUUGCAGACUUCGGCCUUUCCAAUCGUUUCCAGAAGGGCAAUCUGCUGCGGACAUACUGUGGGAGUCCGCUCUAUGCUGCCCCAGAGAUAGUGAAAGGACUGCCGUAUCAAGGGCCAGAGGUGGACUGCUGGGCGCUUGGUGUGUUACUGUAUGCCCUGGUGUACAGCAGCAUGCCGUUUGAUGGGGCUAGUCACGCCACACUCACAGAGCAGAUCAGCCAAGGGCGCUACCGUAGACCUAAUCCCCCCUCUGAUGCCUGCGCUCUUAUUGACUGGUUACUGACGGUGCGUGUGGACGAGAGGGCUACAAUAGAGGACGUGGCCAACCACUGGUGGGUAAACUGGGGUUUUGAAGAGAGUGUGUGUGACUGCCCCUCAUCUUCGCACCAAGAAUGCCCCUCUCCCUUGCUGGCUCGCUACAUCGACUGGCAGAAUCGGGUAGCAUCUGCCAGCAACAUGACUGUUGCCCCAGGGUCCCACUCCUCAGACUCCUCCCAUCCACCCCAGCCCUCAACUCACCCCUUUUACUUCAGCUUACCUCUGAAUAGCAAUCAUGGUGGGGGAGCAGGAAGAGUACGUGGAGGCACAUCAAAUGUGAGGAAGUCAAGAAAGGAGAAUGCAAUUCACCAGACUGCACUUGGCGCUUGUGGAGGUGUUUGUACUACUUCUACCUCCAGCAUUACCAUUUCCUCCACCUCCAGCAAUGAAAGAAAGAAACCCAAAGGUAUCCUAAAACCCCAGAGGAGUUUUGAUUCAGUCUUUCACAGCCCUCCCAAAGAGAACUCUUCCUCCAAACCUUGUAAUGCUGCUCCCCAGCCUUAUUGUACACAUACACUCCCCCACAUACAUGCUGAUGUCCUUUCCACUAGUCUUCCGCCUGCCUCAUCAUUCAGUCAGCCAUCCUCAAAAAUGCCAAAAAAGGGGAUACUUAAGAACUUGUGUAGUGGAGAGUUGGUGUAUGUGUCAUCUUCAGAGAGAAGGAUUACUGGAGUCGGAGGUAGAGCAACUGAUAAAGGUGAUUGCUCAGACACCCAGCACGCUCAUCUCCCAGCAGCAGAAGACAGCCCUACUAUGCGCACAGAGGCAGUAAGAAGAAGGAAGGGUAUCCUAAAACGUAACGGCAAAUUCUCCCGCAGUCUUGAUCUUCCCGAUGGCCGCCAUUCUUCUCCUUCUCCAGUUCCCACAAUAUUCCCUGAGGCCCUGCAGCAACUCCUCCAGGUCACAGGGGGCGUUGAUGGCCGUCGCAGCCGCCCCUCCAGUGUGGUGAGCGAGGACAGCCUCUUCUCCUCGGACUCCUUUGACUUACUAGACCUCAGCGCCCAAUCACGUCGCAGGAUUUUCUCCCGGGGUAUGCAGCGCAGUGCCUGUAGCUCUGAGGAGGACCUGGAGCAGCUGAGGGUGGACACAGACAGGGUUUGCAGAGGUACAGAGGGACAAAAGAAAUACUAAUAUAAGGAAAUAUGGACACACCAGUGCGAGAACGGUGUUUAAGGCUGUUUCUUGGUCGCCAGUUACAGACAUUACUGAAAGACUGACAGGAAUUCUGGAGAGGUUGUAUCACAAAGUUUCGUCUUGAGUGGACACUUCAUGCAAUGUAAAGCACCACCUUUUGGCACAUUUGUCUGACAUUUAAAAGAAUAUGUACUUGAUCCAUUCACAGUUCAAUUUAUAAUCUGCAAGGUAGUACGUUGACUGACUGGGCCGAUGGUGACACUUCAAGAGGAUCCAGGUUCUGCCAAAUUGCAAAGAUGGGACCUUAACUUAUACUUCUCCUUGUAAUGAACCUAAUCUGAUCACACCCGCACAACAGAUCCUUUUUUAUCGUUUUACAGCAGAUCUCUGUCCAGACCGGCCUGGAGAAUCUGAGACUGGAUGGUGUUUGUUGAUUUUUGAUGAGUGAAAACUUGUGUCAGUAUGGUGACAAUGAGCAGAAGACUGAGUGACUUUUAUCCACCUGCAUUUAUGAACCUUUGCACAUGAAAAAAAACCCUGAGAGGAAUCACUUAAAAAUAUCAAAGAACUGUGCAAUGGUAUAUAGGUUAAGAACAAAAUGUGCAUAAUUUUGUUGCACCCACUUCUUCAGUAGAGGUUUUAUGUGAGCCACACUGGAGAAAUAAAACAUUUAAGUGUUCAUUCUAA